AUGAAGGACGCUUCGUCAUAUGUCCGGGAAGUGAAGGACGUGUUCGGAGAUCAACCGGAAAAAUACGGCAUGUUCCUAGAGAUAAUGAAAGAUUUCAACGCUCAAAGAAUCGAUAGAGCAAGAGUCAUUGCAAAAGCAAAGGAAUUAUUCCAAGGGCGUAAGAGAUUGAUUCAUGGGUUCAAUACUUUCUUGCCGGAGGGAUGCGAAAUAGCACCGGAUGAACCGCCAGUAAGGAAGAAGGCUGUCAGUUACGAAGAAGCCAUUGGUUUCAUCAACAAGACCAAGGAACGUUUUCGGGACGAGAAACAUGUUUAUGAAUCAUUCGAGUAUCUUCUCUCUUUGUACCGGCGCGGGAAGGAAAUCUGCUCAGUGUACAAUGAGGUGGCUGUCCUUUUUGCCGGCCAUCCGGACUUAUUUGAAGGAUUCAAGAGAUUCUUGCCCGAAAACUUUGUGCAUCCUGACGAGCUGAGCACUACCACCACACUGACCUCGCGAGGAUUGGAAAUGGUAUGCUAUGGACGAUCCCAAGGAAGAAGGGAGGGAGACGCCAGAGGUAAAGCGGGUCGAAGACUAACAAUGAAGGACGCUUUGUCAUACGUCCGGGAAGUGAAGGACGUGUUCAGAGAUCAACAGGAAAAAUACCACAUGUUCCUAGAGAUAAUGAAAGAUUUCAAGACUCGAAGAAUCGAUAGAGCAAGAGUCGUUGCAAGAGCAAAGGAAUUAUUCCAAGGGCAUAAGAGAUUGAUUCAUGGGUUCAAUACUUUCUUGCCCGAGGGAUGCAAAAUAGCGCUGCACAAACCACCGAUAAGGAAGAAGCCUGUCAGUUACGAAGAAGGCAUUGGUUUCAUCCACAAGAUCAAGGAACGUUUUCGGAACGAGGAACAUGUUUAUGAAUCAUUCGAGAACAUUCUCCAUUUGUACCUGCGCGGGAAGGAAAUCAACGCGGUUUACAGUGAGGUUGCCGGCCUUUUUGCUGGCCAUCCGGACUUACUCAAGGUAUUCGAGAGAUUGUUGCCAGAAGACUUUGAGCAUCAGGACGAGCUCAGCCCUACUACCACCACACCGACCUCGCGCAGAUUGCAAAUGAUAGGAUGGCCGAUUCUCAAGCCGAGGAUGAAGUUAUACAAAGAUUGCGCCGACUUGGACCAUGAUGAGGACAUGAUGAGGAAGGUGCACAAGAAUGAUACGAAUGCAAAUGGAUCUAAUGAGUUGAGGACCAUAACAUAG